AUGGCAGACGAUUUGGACGCCGAGCUGCUCGCUUUGGCGGGUGACUCUGAGGAGGAAAACUCACCACCCCCCAAAUCCCCAGCGCACUCUACUUCUUCACACACCCAAGACCGAGAUACUUCACCUGGAGGCAUGGGUCGCAAAGGAACUGCCAAAUCGGCGGGCCGCCGAUCACGCAAGCACUUGAAAGAUGAAUCGGAGGGAGAGGUGUCCGACGACGGCUCCCAUCACUCUCUUCAGUCUGCCUCCAUGUCUGAGUCUGAAUCAGAGGCAGAUAACUCCGGCGACGAUGACGAGGACCGCCCCAUCUUCCCAUAUGAGAAGCUGUACUACUCCGCCCAGGAUAAGAAGGAUAUUAUGGCUAUGCCUGAAAUUCAGCGCGAGGAAACUUUAUCUGAGCGUGCUCAACAAGUCGAUCGCCACAACCAGGACCUGGCUCUUCGCCGUCUGCUAGCCUCUCGAUCGCGCGAGGAAGCUCGAGCUGCUAAGAAAGCCAAGCGAAAGGCAGGAUCCGCUGGCCUGGAUGAAAACCAGCGCAAGAGCUCGCGCCAGAAGACCACUCUGGGUGGCCGCAAGGUUGGAGAAACUUCCGGAGCUAUCGAGGCCUACAAGCGCCAGCGUGAGCAAAAGGGCAAGCGUGAUGAACUUCGUCGCCGAGACCCUACAAAAUCUCGUCGUCGCUCGCGCUCUGUGGGAUCUGAUGUUUCGGAUGAAGAUGCUGAUGCUGAGAGUGAUCUUGAAUUGGAUGACCGUGUCGGCCGCCCUGCCUCUAUUGGACGCAACAACUUCGCCAAAGUUUGCUUCUACCCUGGAUUCGAUGAUGCUAUGGUUGGCUGCUACGCUCGUUUGAGCAUUGGUCCGCACCCAGAGACUGGCCAGAAUGAAUAUCGCCUGGGACUUAUCACUGGUAUUACUCAGGGCAAGCCAUAUGCCUUGGAGGGUGAGAACGGUCGCUCAUUUAUCACUGAUCAGUAUGUCAAGUUGGCACAUGGAAAGGCCGUCAGGGACUUCCCCUUUGUCACCUUUUCGAAUUCCCCACUCACUGAGGCUGAGUACCGUCGUUAUGUCCAGACCCUCGCCGUUGAGGAUUGCAAGUUGGCUACCAGGGGCAAGGUUGAAUCCAAGGUCAUGGACAUCAACCGCCUUAUCAACCAUACAUUCACGCGCGAAGAGCUGAACGAGAAGCUACGUCGCCAGGGAGCUUUCGACCAGAAGAAGAAUGUGCUCAAUCGUCUCGAACUCGAAAGAAACCUGGAAUUCGCCAGAGUGAACGGAAACACGGAUGAUGCUGAGAGGAUCGAACAGGAGCUGCACAAACUGCUCCACCCUAACCUUUCCUGGGGAACCACACUCGAUAAGAAGGAGGUCGAUAGGGGUCCUUCGGAGGCUGAGCGAGUCCACAAGAUUAACCUUCGCAACCAAAAGCUUAACAUUGAGAACGGUCGUCGUGCUCAGCUCGAGGAAAGAAAGGCUGCUAAGAAGGCUGCUGAGGCUGUUGCCCGCGGAGAGGCUGCCCCAAAUCCCUUCAUGCGUGUGCGAACAGUCGCCAAAACCCAUCACGAUGUUAGCGGAGCACCCAAGCCCUCCACCGUCGAAACCCCCAAAGAUACCCCCAAGUCGAACGGCAAUUCCGCAUCAGCGGCACCUUCCAUCUCUCGCGCCACUCCGAAGAAGCCCAAGAAUGGAUUCAUGAUCAGUUAUCGCAACACGGAUGAUGAGAACAUCGCAGCUCUCGAUAUGGACAUCGAUAUUGAGAUUUAA